AUGGGCUUCCUCUCGCGCAUCAUCACAUUCUUUGGCCUUGUCCUACUGGCUCAUGCAGGAUACUCGGCCCACGAACACACAACCCUCUACAGCAACGCCGCCCUCGUCGCCAGCGCAACCAGCACAACUCCGACAUCAGCAUCCAACUUCUUCGCCGUUGUGCCCCUUGAUAUAACGAUAGAGGCAUUGAUUGCCGUUGUUUUGGUUUCUACUGGUCUGGUUUUGGGCUCUGAGAAACUCAAGCCAGUUACACAUAGCGCAUGGGCAGGCCAGAUUGAACGGGAGGGUGGUGCGAAGAAUCCGUAUAAGAACUUGGAGAUUCGGUCUGGAUUUUGGGACGUUAGGAAAAGUCGACAGGAGUUUGCGGAUUGGAUGCGCACUCAGGACUAA